AUGACCAAAAAAACGAAAGCAACGGGAAAGCCGUGGACGUCGACCAGUGGGAACAAUCCGAAAUGGGAUCAAUCCCCGAUUGACAUCAGUAAUCACGUGACGCAGGAGUUUCCGAUAUUAUUGAUGCAAAAUCAUUUGGAUUCCAAAUGCGUCAAAAUGACGAACACCGGAAAAACAGUUAAAAUCGAAUUGUGUAGCCAGUUUACUCCGUUAUUGAAAGGCGGACCCCUCGAUGGAGAAUAUCUUUUUUCCGAUUUACAAUUUCGCUGGGGCCCGAGCGACGCUCUCGGCUCUGAACAUUCUAUUGAUUCUCGAUGUCUUCGUCUCGCUUUCAUUUUCACUUCUGACAGGUACUCGAUAGAAGCUCAAUUGGUGCAUUGGAACAAGAAAUACGGCUCUCCGGACAAGUGCUACGAUAAAAGUGAUGGAAUGGCAAUAAUGUCUUUUCUCUUUCAGGUAGUAGAUGAUCCAUGCGCAGGUGAUAGCUUCAGAAAGAUAAGCGAUGGUUUGAAAAAAAUUCGGGCACCAGGUGCCAGUAUCUCACUCGAGCCAGAUAGCUUAAACUGGUUGGAACAAGCAAUGAGUAGUGCGGGCUAUUACACUUACUUCGGCUCUCUCACGACCGAGCCGUUUACCGAAUGCGUUCAGUGGAUUAUUGUACCGCGUCCAAUCUUAAUUAUAGACAGACAAAGCGAAGCUUUUCGAGAUCUUUACGAUUAUGAUAUGCAAAAUAUCACGAGUAAUUACAGACCUCUGCAGAGAACUCGCUAUACAGGAAGAGUUUAUUGGGCUAUUCAGCAAAAAUCGCAAUCAGUUGUCAAUUGUUCUGGGUGUGGCUCGCGAUGA